AGUGUGCUGUGCGCUGCAGCAGGCGCCUCCCUCUUCCGUGUUUGUAGGUUUCACCAGCAUGCAGACCCAGGACUCCUCACCCACCUGGUGGCCCCUGGUCCCAUGGUGCUUUGGUGGACCCCAGUUCAAUCAGAAGGAAGGGCAUUUUUCUGUCCCUCAGAAAUGGGAGGGCUGCUCUUCUUGCUUGCUUGGAAGUCCACAUUUCCUCCUAUCAUUCAAAAUUAUUUCCCAGGCACCUUUUAUGUGCCCAGCACUGUGCUUGUGGUGGGAUGCAGCAGUGAACGAGACAAUCAAGGUCUUUCAGGUCUCUAAGGAACUUAUAUGCUCUCAGGACCAGUCAGACAGUGAAUGAGUAACAAACACAGUGACUUCAGCUUGCUUAGGAAGCACCAUGAAGAAACGAAGCCUCCUUCCUGAAAGGGCCGGAGUAUGCGCGGGCUGCCUGAACCAGGUGUGGGCUAACGUCGUGGAUUUGAGAAAGCCUGAGGGCCCGAAGGCAGCCCUGGGAGAAGCCCUUUCCGUGAGCAGUCGGAACCUCCUGGUCCAGAGGAGAAGCCAUCUCUUCAUCUAGACUUAUGACCCGCAGCUUCGCCCCCAGCCUGCCCGUCGAGUUCCCCAAGAUGGGCUCCUUCCGCAGGCCCAGACCGCGCUUCAUGAGCUCCCCGGCACUCAGCGACCUGCCCCGCUUCCAGGCAGCCCGCCAGGCUCUGCAGCUGAGCUCCAAUUCAGCCUGGAACAGCGUCCAGACUGCCGUGAUCAACGUCUUUAAAGGGGGCGGCUUGCAGAGCAACGAACUCUACGCUCUGAAUGAAAACAUCAGGCGGCUGCUGAAGAGUGAACUCGGAUCGUUCAUUACAGACUAUUUCCAGAACCAGCUUCUCGCAAAAGGCCUGCUGUUUGUGGAGGAGAAGGUUCAGCUGUGUGAAGGUGAAAAUCGCAUUGAGGUUCUGGCUGAAGUCUGGGACCACUUCUUCACUGAGACUCUCCCCACCCUGCAGGCAAUAUUCUAUCCGGUUCAGGGCCAGGAGCUGACCAUCCGCCAGAUCUCCCUGCUGGGCUUCCGCGACCUGGUCCUGCUGAAGGUGAAGCUGGACGACUUGCUGCUGCUGGCCCAGCCCCAGCCCCCCUCAUCCAUCGUCCAGAUGUUGCUGGUCCUGCAGAGCGUUCACGAGCCCACAGGCCCAAGUGAAGGUUAUCUGCAGCUGGAGGAGCUGGUGAAGCGGGUGGUUUCUCCUUUCCUGGGCGUCAGUGAGGACCGCGGUGUCUCAGGCCCCACCUACACACUGGCCAGGCGCCACUCCAGGGUCCGGCCCAAGGUCACUCUCCUGAACUACGCCUCCCCAGUGACCACCAUCAGCCGGCCUCUGAACGAGAUGGCCCUGACCCCUCUGACGGAGCAAGAGGGGGAGGCCUACCUGGAGAAGUGUGGCAGUGUCCGGCGACACACGGUGGCCAACGCCCACUCCGACAUCCAGCUGCUGGCCAUGGCCACCAUGAUGCACUCAGGCUUAGGAGAGGAGCCUGGCGGCGAGGACAAGGGCCUACGCCUGCCGCCUAGCUUCCCGCCACCCCACCGGCAGUGCUCCAGCGAGCCCAACAUCACCGACAGCCCAGAGGGGCCGGAGGAGGUGGCAGCAGGCAGCCAGGAGGACUCGGAGCUGAACUGUGCUUCCCUCAGCUGAGCGCCCGCCUCCGGGUCUUUUGGCUUCGGCCUAGCGACCAGGAUGAGGGCGGCUCCGUCCCGAGGAUCACCAUGGGGGCUCUCCCUUUGGGGAAUGCUGCCUUAUGCCUUUUCGGGUACAGGCCUGGUCUUAGUGCCCUAUGGGAAAUCCCCGUCAUAAACCCCAACCCUUUGCGGCCACACUGACCCGACUGCCUAAUGUUCACCUUCUGACUUUCAGUCUUGCCCGCCGGACUCCACUCAGCUCCUCCUCUCUGGGCUUUUCCCCUCAGAUACUGGACUAUCUGAUGCUCCCAACCACCUGCCCCAGGGCCCCUGGUGUUACUGUAGCAGGAGGUCAUCCAAGCCACACGCAAAGCCAGCAGGGCUGUGUUGGCAGAUGGAGUUCCCCUCUAGGUUCUGGUGAUACAGAAACUGAUGGGUGAAAGGAGGUGGGCGGGAGGUGCCCUCCUCCCUUGUCUUGUGUGGUGUGAAAGUAGCUGCAGCCCCUCCCAGCCUGACUCUGGGGACGCAUCCUUCGCUUUUAGAAUUACCAGGAGAGAGUCCCCCCACUGGCGGGUGUGGAUGCACCCUCACCUUUAGCCAGACCCUACAUGCUGCCUUUGGCCCUGGGCCCAGGAGGGCCACACGGCUGGAGGAACCCCAUCUUUGACGAAGUCUCAGCGUCCUCCUCUCAGCCCCCCUCCACAGCUCGAGGAACUAACCUCCCCGGUGGAGUAGCUGGUGCCUUCCUCCCUCUCUCAUUUCAGAGAUGGACCGUUUUCCUGUUGUGGGGGUGGGGCCAGCUGAUACCCACCAACUAGUCUGUGCCUGGAUUUGACUUGAAUUUUUUAAAUGUGCAUCGUUUCAAAAAUAAAUUGCUUGCAAAUAUUUACAC